AUAUGCUGGAAGGUGAAACCGAACUUUCAGAAAACAUACUUUUGCUUCUGAGAUUUUGUUUCAAAAUGUUUUGGGGAAUAAUGCACUUCCUUGGUCUAACCAAAAUAUAAGGCAAAACUAACCAUGUAUAUAGUCAAAUACUAAUAUAGCCGUAUUAAUGAUUUUACAUGUCCUAGAGUAAAAAGUGCUGAUCCCUAAAUGCAUCAACAUUUUUUUUGUUGUGAGAGGUUCUUUGAAAUUAGGAAGGACACUUCUGAUUGCUAAGGGAGGUGGGCUGCAAAGUUUGCCUAAGACUGGCCAUACAUUGCAAAAUACAGCGUGGUACUUUAACUCUUUGGAAUCUCUUCAUAACUGAAGAUGUCUAAUUUCACUGAUUCCUUAUCCUGGGUAUACGCAGUACUUUAUACACACUGGAUAUUGAUUACAGGGUUUAUUUAUUAAAAAAAAAAAAAAAAAAAGUCUUCAAGGCAGUGGUCUCGAACAAAUUGCAAUAGGAAAGAGAAACAAGUGGAAGUGAGUGGGGCAGAACAAGCUGCAAGGUGCUCUUACAUGCAGUGCAAUGACACUUUUCCAGCUAUAGUCCUGCCAAGGGACUGAGUUAUCUUCAUGUUGGAUUCAUGGUUUGUUUUUAAAAGCCACCUGCAUCUCUGUCUUUCUAAAAAGUGCCUCUCAUGUAAAGAAUUUAAGCUCCCUAUUGGGAAAUGCACCCACUUGCUCACAAUUGGGGACACAGUGCAGCUCAUUAUAGCAGUGAGUGUAAAGUACUUGUAUGAUCAAUGCAUGGACUAGGGAGUUUUCUCCAUUCCCUUCCCCUCUGUGGUGGUGGUAGAAAGUAAGAACAGAGCCUGCUUUAAGAUGAAAGAAUGACAGUUCCACCCUGCUCAACAGCCAGGAAGCAAACCUCCCUAAAACACAAUCUUCCCAGCAGUGUGAGGCUGGUGGAGGGGCUGGGGGAGAGCUUCUCUUCUCUGCCUCCCUACAUCAGUCAAUCAUCGCUUCAAUAGCUGGAGAGAUGGGGUGCUGUCUGUAAACCUGCUGUGUAAUCACAUCCAUUAACAUUGGCUUUGUCUUGUUGUGUUAGGAAACUCCUUAGCCCUGAGAUAAGUCAUGCUCCUUAGCCCUGCUCUGCAGUUGGAGCAUGGGUUGGCAUACAUGUGCUACCUUUAAUCUAGCUAGCACAUCUCUAAAAAUAGCAGUGAUGACGUGGCAGCAUGGGCAAUACAAGUAUGUAUAUCCAGUGCCCCAGGCAGACUUGUACAGCUUCAACUGAAACCUAUGGUGCUGUGACUUCCCUGCUAUUCUCAGCACUACUAGCUAAAUUAAAGCUAGUGUGGGUAUGUCAAUCUGUGUGGCAGUUGCAUCUCCAGUUGCAAUGUAGACUUCCCCGGUGUCAUUCUAUUGGCUGCACUUCACCCUGGACGAAUUUAGUUUAGUGAGUUUUAUGACUUAACUCUAGGAUAAUUGAAUAUAUAAAGAAAUAGUAAAUCAUUACCAUAUCUCUGUAUGGAUGUUUCAUACAAAUAUAUUAAUCAUUGAAUCCUUUUAGAUCAGAAACAUUUAAUGAAAUACACUUCUAACUUCUCUGAAAUGUUCUCAUUUCAGAGCAUGAUUGUGGAGUUGCCUUAAAGUACAUUUAAUGUUUCUUUUAGCAGUGGGUCACCCACAGUGGCAUAGAAAUGAAAUCAUCUUGUGGUUCUGUAAAACUCAAAUAUUUAUACUGAAUGUCUUGCUUUUGGGGACAGUUCUUGGUUUUUAUCAGGGUUUUUCAAAACUUAGUCAAUCAACCAUUUUUCAACAGUCUUUGGAAGCUGUUCAUUUUUUAUUUUUUAUUAUUUUUGUUUCAAGAGUCCAAGUUUCCAAGCAACCAGGACCUGCAAACAGCUAUCUUUAGUUGUAUUUAUGCUUGUUGCCUGGGAACCCUAGCGGUGCUACACACCUCAUCCCAAAUAUGCAAUAAGAUUACUGAAUGGUGCUUGCAGUCCCAGUUGAUUUGCAGUUUAGAAAUAGUCUGGUUAGAAGGACGUAGGUCAGUGUUAACCUUGGUUGGUGGAGAGACAAUAUGAGCAAUCAAGAAGUUGCCAUUCUGAAUGUGGGAGGCUCAAAAUUUACAACAUGGGUUUCCACCCUGCGGAGGUUCCCAGAGUCCAGGUUAGCACGGAUGUUGAAUGGCAAUGACCACGAAUUCAGGCUGGUGAAUGGACAAUUCUUUGUGGACAGAGAUGGAACUUUGUUUAAUUACAUCCUGGAUUUUUUGAGGACACUACAGCUUUCUCUGCCCACUGACUUUUCUGACUAUCAGAGGCUGCAAAGAGAAGCAGACUUCUAUGAACUCCACUCCCUGGCUGAUCUCGUUAGCCAGGAAAACUUGCUGAAGCCGAGACCAGAGAUCUUGGAGGUGCGUUUCUUGCUCCAGGAAACUCAGGCCUUUUUCCGAGUCUUUGGCUCUUGCAGCAGCACUAUUGAGGUACUGGCUGGACGGGUCACUAUGUUUACAGAGCAAUCCAUGAGACAGAACUGGAAUAAUAAUCCUUUUCCUUCUCAGAAGCUCCUCACUCCACUUCCUUUGGAGAGACCUUCUCAUCAUGACCUGGUUUUUCAAUGUGGCACUGAUUACUCUGCUGGUGACCAGUUGGUGACAAGGUAUGUCUCUAUAAAACCUGAUGAUAGAAAGCUGAUUAAUGGAACUAACGUACUAGGCCUACUAGUUGACACUUUACUUAAAGAAGGAUUUCACCUUGUAAGCACCAGAACAGUCUCCACCGAAGAAAAAGUUGAAUGCUACAUUUUUGAAAGGAUGAAGAGGCCAGAAGCUCUUUUUCUCACUGCCAACCAAAGCCCGGAAAGCACUGGUGGAGCACAGACGAAAUUAACUCCAAUGCACAAGCAGAAAUGAAACCGGUUUCAUUACUACCUACCCUUCUGAAUCUAAGAGACACAUGUAGACACGACUAACCCUACUAUUUCUUUUUAUUUGAAAUUGCAACUAUUGAAGGUGGUAACAACUGUCAAAUUUUAUAUAUUUCUUCAAAAAUCAGUUUUUUCCCUCCUUUUCCUGCAGUCAUUUCAUAGAGAAGCCAAGUUCUUCUUUUCCCUAUUAACCCUUUUCUGGAGCAUGGGAGAAUACUGAUGCAAUAUUGAAUACGUAGUCCAGAAUCAAGCAGUUAGAAAUUGUCUUGCGCAUGUUUAAAACGGAGAUGGGCAUAAUGGAAAAAAUGAACCAUACUGGGAAUAAAGGGAGUCCCUGAAUAAAGGUUCUUGCACUCAUUGCAGGAUACCGCAAAGGCAGCUUGAAAUAUGACAACAGCAAGUGAAGUAGUAACAAACAGGGCCUACAGAGCCUCUCUUCUCCUUCCUUUAGAAGGUUUUAUAGAUGACUGGAGAAAUCUAAAUUUGAAUGAUUACAUACUAUUUCUGCAAGCAAAACUACAGA